AUGAGUACAUCAAGUGGUGUGGUUCUUCCAGAUGGUAAAAUAGUUGCUACAUAUGGAACUUAUAAUUUUUCAUAUGAUGUAAGUCGUGGUAUGGUGGGAAUGCAAGGUGUGUCAUUUUCUGCGUUUGAUCAACAAAAAUCAAAUUUAUGGAUUAUUGAAAGUAUGAGUGAUGGAAAGAUUUACACAUAUGAUCGAGAUUCGAAACAGUGCUACAAAUCAACAAUGCCAAUUCAUCCACUUACUUGUAUACCAGAUACAGCAACUUACAUACGUUCGGUUACAUAUGGAUAUGGAGAUAAACAAAUAAUUGGCGAUACAUGGCUUGUAAAAAUCGAUCAAGCCGUUUCAUAUUCGACAGUUAGUCGUGAUGGUCUGUGUGUCCCAUUGACUGGACAUACUUUUCUCCAAAAUCCAGGUAAAUAACUGUUUUAUGUCAAUGAUACAUUCGUUACUAUUUGGCCAUUUUAGCUGU